GCCUCGUCAACGUCGCCAGAGCGCAACGGGAAAGGCUGUAGCGAAUAAGUCGUGCAUCUUUGCCCGUUUGACAUCUAAACCAACCUUGAGCAGGAUAUUCGAACUUGGCUUCAUCUUACCUAGGACCCCCAGAAGAGACUGAACAAGAACAAGAACAACACCCUUGGAAAACAGCCUUUCACGUGAUAUCGAAAAUGAGCAGGUUCUCACUCAAAGGCCGUACGGCACUUGUCACUGGUGGUGCGCGAGGCUGUGGUCUUGCCUUUGCCGAGGGUCUUGCGGAAGCAGGCGCAGAUGUCGCCAUCUUCGACGUGAUUGACCCGGUUGAGGCAUUCUUUGACAUCGAGAAGAAGUUCAAUGUCAAGACGAAGCACUACAAGGUCGACGUCAGCAGCAUGGAGAGCCUGGAAAAAGGAUUCGCUGCUUUCAAGGCCGACUUUGGCGGCAAACUGGACAUUUGCGUGCCCACUGCCGGCAUCAACAAGAACCUCGCGUUUCUGGAUACUUCGUUCGAGCAACAUCAACAGCUUCUGGGCGUCAACGUCAUGGGUGUCUACCACACGGCACAGCUGGCCGCCAAGCAGAUGAUCGAGAACAAGACCAAAUGUGGUAGCAUCGUUCUGGUCGCCAGCAUUGCCAGCUACAUGGCUAUCAGAAGUCAAAUGAGCAGCGCUUAUUGCGGUACAAAGGGUGCUGUGAGAGCCAUGUGUCCUGCCAUUGCUGCUGAGUUGGUGCCAUAUGGUAUCAGAGUCAACUCGAUAUCUCCUGGAUAUGUGAGGACAGAAAUGACUGCUCCGUUUCCUCACUUGCUGGAAAGCUGGAAGGAUGAGAUUAUGAACCGGAGAGUCGCUGAGCCAGAUGAUAUUAGAGGUGCAUGUGUGUUUUUGGCGAGUGAUGCCAGUUUGUACAUGACGGGCCAGGAUGUCUGUGUGGACGGAGGUGUUACGAAGUGGUAGGCAAUGAAUAGUCCAACAUCAGUCACAAAUCCGGAAUAGCAUAGCGUAAGGAGGAUGGCAUAGUGGUCGGUUUAGAUCUAAA